GACCAUUUAAAAGGAUGUUGUCCAAUUGUAUUUGUCUUUUCAGGGUCUGUGUAGACACUCACAUUUUUGGUGGGGAGGGAAGCUUCAAAGCAGAUGCUACCAAGUCAGGAACUAAAAAUGCACAUUAGUUGUCUGUCUAUAAAUGAAUGACUGUAAUUUCAUUUAAACUAGUUACACGAAGAUCUUUAAGUCGAAACAUCCCCUUGGAUGUUGCCUCACUGAUAACCAGUGCUUGCAUUACCCUUUAUUUGCUUCCUGUCUCUAAUAACACUAAUCGCUGGGCUGUUCCCAUUAGCUGCAUCCCAUCUACUGGGUUUCAGUGACAUAGGCGAAUUAAUUUUGGUUUCUUCCUCACAUGAAGAAUUAGGGCUUUAAGGAAUAUUUCAAUUUCUGUGUUGCUGAAACCAUCCUCUAUCAAUACACACUGUGAAUCCUGUCCUUACUCCUUGUUUUAGGAUUUGGAUAAGCUUUGGUCCUAAUAAUUCCCAAGAAUGACAGUGGACUCCUUUUUUACUUGCAACUUACCAAGGAUCAUGGCUUCUCCUUAUCACUUGCAAACAGAUAAUCAGGGGACUACAUGCUUAGGGGAAGGGCAAAAAAUCCUCAGGUGUCCAUACUCCUCUAUAGCGAGGAAAGAUAUUCCUGACAUUAAAUCAGCAUUCAACUGUAGCCCAAAACAUACAGGGAGGCAAGAGUUAAAAGCUGUAAUCCUUCAACAUAUAUUAUUGCCAAUUAAGUAAAAUAAAAUCGCCAUAGGAGAGAUGGCUGGGGUGACCUUUUAGUGAUAGAAAUGUGUACACUAUUUUGUCUUCCCACUUGCCCCACGUGUUGGGGAGGAGACCAGUGGACUGAACUGGCAAGCAUCACACCCAUCGAUCAGGGCUGUUAGAGAACCUAGAACUUGGACAUGGUGAGGAAAGAAGGAUGGCAACAAAACUGUCCUGUUGCAGUUGGCAGAACAAGAGAGAUGAACAUCUGUUAAAGAGAAGAAAUGUACCCCAUGAAGAUAUCUGUGAAGAUUCAGAUAUAGAUGGCGAUUUCAGAGUGCAAAACACCUCAUUGGAGGCAAUAGUUCAGAAUGCUUCAAGUGACAACCAGGGUAUCCAGUUAAGUGCAGUGCAGGCUGCAAGGAAGCUUCUUUCCAGUGAUCGCAAUCCACCAAUUGAUGACUUAAUAAAAUCUGGAAUACUACCUAUUUUAGUGCACUGUCUUGAAAGAGAUGACAAUCCUUCUUUACAGUUUGAAGCUGCAUGGGCUUUGACAAACAUUGCAUCUGGAACCUCUGAACAAACACAGGCUGUAGUUCAAUCUAAUGCUGUGCCACUUUUUCUGAGGCUGCUGCAUUCACCCCAUCAAAAUGUGUGUGAGCAAGCAGUAUGGGCUUUAGGCAAUAUCAUAGGUGAUGGACCCCAGUGUCGAGAUUAUGUUAUUAGUCUUGGAGUGGUGAAACCUCUGCUGUCCUUCAUCAGUCCGUCUAUUCCCAUAACAUUCUUAAGGAAUGUUACUUGGGUCAUGGUCAACUUAUGCCGUCACAAAGACCCACCUCCGCCGAUGGAAACCAUUCAGGAGAUCCUUCCAGCCCUCUGUGUUUUAAUUCACCACACAGAUGUAAAUAUAUUGGUAGAUACAGUCUGGGCCCUCUCCUACCUAACGGAUGCUGGCAAUGAACAGAUCCAGAUGGUGAUAGACUCUGGAAUAGUCCCUCAUUUGGUUCCCCUUCUCAGCCACCAAGAAGUUAAAGUGCAAACUGCUGCACUCAGAGCUGUAGGCAACAUUGUUACUGGUACUGAUGAACAGACACAAGUAGUUCUGAAUUGUGAAGCUCUUUCACACUUCCCAGCACUGCUGACACAUCCCAAAGAAAAAAUUAAUAAGGAAGCUGUAUGGUUCCUAUCUAACAUCACUGCAGGAAACCAGCAGCAAGUUCAGGCGGUGAUAGAUGCAAACCUUGUUCCAAUGAUAAUACACCUUUUAGAUAAGGGUGAUUUUGGUACUCAGAAAGAAGCUGCUUGGGCUAUAAGCAACUUAACAAUCAGUGGAAGAAAAGAUCAAGUGGCAUAUCUAAUUCAACAAAAUGUAAUUCCUCCCUUUUGCAACUUGUUAACAGUAAAAGAUGCUCAAGUUGUACAAGUAGUGCUGGAUGGACUAAGUAAUAUAUUAAAAAUGGCUGAAGAUGAAGCGGAGACCAUAGCCAAUCUUAUAGAAGAGUGUGGAGGGCUGGAGAAAAUUGAACAGCUACAAAAUCAUGAAAAUGAAGACAUCUACAAACUGGCUUAUGAGAUCAUUGAUCAGUUCUUCUCUUCAGAUGAUAUUGAUGAAGAUCCUAGCCUUGUUCCAGAGGCAAUACAAGGUGGAACAUUUGGUUUCAAUUCAUCUGCCAAUGUACCAGCAGAAGGGUUCCAGUUUUAGAGUGAUAUUUUGGUGGUUAGGUACAAUGCAGCACUGAAUAAAAAAUGGUUUGACCCAUCAAUCUUGGCUCAUGGGAUCCGCUGCUGCAUUAAAUCGGGAAAGAAAAUGUGAAGAUUUCAUUUGGAAUCACAGAAAAGCCCAAAUGAAGUCAAGAUGGCGAGUGGGUGCGAGUGAGAAUGAGUGGCAAAAUGUAAUGAAAAACUUCACUGAAUGCUUAUUUAGAUUGUUCAAAGAAAAAGGGCUACAGGUCAAAGAUCUUCAGUGCCUGAGAAGGAACAAUGACUUACUAGAGCAAUUGGGGGGGAAAAUGCAGUACUAUUAUCAUCAAGCUUUGUAAGCAUAAAAGAGAAUAGGAUGCCCAUAUAAGUCCAAGGAGAAUGAGCCCAGGCCUUGCUAUGAAGCACCGUGUGAAUGGACAACAUUGAAUGAAUGUCUGGACUCAGCUGUGGAGCCAGGCUCAUGUUUCAAACCUGGGGCUCUUCACUCAUGAAGCAGACUCCUAGUCCUGGAGUGGCGUGUGUACGAGAGUAUGGUUGUGAUGCUGUAUGUGAACGCAUGCAAGCUUGAUUCACCUUCAGGGGGCUGAUAAUAAACCUAGUAAAUUAUCAAAAUGAGUUCAUAAGUGUUAACUUACACUGGACACACAAAUAAAGACCGGUUUAGCAGCAGACUCUGGUUUACUCCUGCAGCCUGUUUUGUUUUAUUUUUUUCCCUGUUUCUUUUAGUUAUUUUUAAUUUCUUUCCUGUAUGGCUUAUUAUUAGUUGCUUGUAAAGUCAGAAUUUUCAGGAAGGCUUCCCUGUGCAUUUGCACCAGAUGAAUGUUUGAUGUUAUGAAAAGCUUUCCAUAUCAUCAAAACAAAUUUGUGUAGAUUUUUGCAUGAAAAAACAUACAUUUCCCUCCAAAUAGACUGUGUUGCAGUACAUAAGUUGCCAUAAUAGUAGAAAACAGUAAAAUGUGGUAAUAAAUUCAUCAUCCUUUUCAUUUUCAAAGAUAACAUAAUGAUCUCUUUGCAUGUGGUAAUCUACAGCAUAGCUCAUUUUUAGAUUUUGUUGAGUCCUGUAACCAAAUGUUUCUUUUGUGGUAGAAUACCGUGCUGUUCAAUGUUACUUGUUUUCAAACUUUGUUUUCUAUGAAAAUGAUAUGGAAACUUCUAAAAAUUAAAUUUGGUGCAUAUGUACUGCUGAAUAAAGACCGAAGAAGAGGUGUGAAUAGAUGUACAAAUCCAAUUCCUGGUUUGAAUACCUUUAAUAAUAUGCCUAAUCUGUCCAAUUGUUUUAGACUCUUUUUAUCUUAGAUGUAGGCAGCCAUGAACAAUCUAUUUUGAGCCACUUUAGAGAGAAAACUUUGUAUUUUUAAAACUUGCAUAAAAAACAUGCAAGUGUUUUUAUAAUUGGAGUAAUGCCUCAGUUUUGAGGUUCUGCACACUAAAUUAAAGGUGACAUUACAAAUUUAUACAAAAAGGAGAACUCUUUAUAAGGUGGCUCAUUGUAGGAAAUGCUGUGCCUUCCCCUUUGAGCACAAGUGUUGCAUGAACAACAGUUUGCUAUAAUAAAACAUACCGGAUUAGUCACCAUUAGCAUCUAUAUCUACCUUGUGUUUUAAAAUCAACUGGCAAUUCUGAAACACUGUAGAAUGGAUAAAGAUUAUUUUGUGAUCAUAACUCUUUGUUGGACUAGAGUAUUUUUACAGCAUUCCUUGUCAUCAGAAACAUGGUUAAAGUUUAAAACUAGAAGCAGCAGAAAACUAGCUUGUGAAAUUUAUCUAAGUAGAGUGCAGGCUAGGCUGUCUUGGGGAAAUAAACGUUAAACCUUUAAAACA